AUGAGUGCAAUUUUGUCUGCAGAUGAUUUAAACGACUUCAUCUCGCCUGGAGUCGCAUGCAUCAAGCCCGUUGAGACUCUCCCACAAAAAGCACCACAGAAUUCAGAGGACCAAUACGAAGUAACGACAGAAGACAAAGUCCAGCCCGAGAACCUUCCGCCGGCAGAGAUCUCGCUGACGGAUUGUCUGGCAUGCUCCGGCUGUGUCACGUCUGCUGAGGCAGUCUUGGUUUCGUUGCAGUCACAUACGGAGGUCCUCAACACCCUCGAUGCGCACCCUCAGAUACCAUUGGCAUUCGAACAGGAUAGUACGGUAAAAUUAGCGACCAAUGAUGUACCUGAAGAAGGACGGAUAUUCGUGGCUAGCGUUAGCCCUCAGGUCAGAGCCAGCUUGGCCGCAACAUAUGGCAUAUCGGAGAAGGAGGCCGGCUAUAUGAUCAAUCAGCUUCUUAGGGGACCUAAUGGUCUUGCGGCGGGUGGUAAACACGGGAAUGGGUUUACAUGGGUUGUGGAUACCAACAAAAUGCGUGAGGCGGUGCUAGUUCUCACCGCGGACGAGGUCGAUGAGUCGCUCAAUGCUCACAACACUACUGCAACCGAUGGUACGGACAACGCUCCCCCGAAGCGGCCGAUUUUGUCUUCAGCAUGCCCUGGGUGGGUAUGUUACGCCGAAAAGACACACCCGUUUGUGCUCCCUCAUUUGUCUCGAAUGAAAUCGCCGCAGGCCUUGAUGGGCACUUUCUUUAAAACGGUUCUGGGCAAAUCCCUUGGAGUUUCACCUUCUCAAAUUUGGCACCUGGCGGUCAUGCCAUGCUUCGACAAGAAGCUUGAAGCUAGCAGAGAAGAGCUUACUGAUAUGUCGUGGCGGCCUGAUGAAAGUACCUCUCAGCCGGUUCGCGACGUCGACUGUGUGAUUACCACCCGUGAGAUUCUUUCAUUGGCGUCUGCACGAGGGCUGUCUCUUCCUAACCUACCGUUGAAAUCAUUGCCGCAAUCCGUCAGCCCGCCAUUCCCCGACAAAACUUUGCACGACAUGCUCUUCUCGAAGCGCGCUUCGAAAGACCAGACGCUUGCCUCCAGCACCUCCGGAGGCUACCUUUACCAUGUUCUUAAAACAUUCGAGUCACGGAAUCCGGGAAGCGAGAUCGUCACCCAGCGCGGACGGAAUGCCGAUGUAGUCGAGUACAUCCUCAUGUCCGCCGAACAACAGCCGAUCAUGAAAGCGGCUCGUUUCUACGGUUUCCGCAACAUUCAAAACCUUGUACGGAAACUCAAGCCUGCACGCGUGUCCAGGCUCCCAGGCGCAAAAGCGGUCGGUUCUGCAGGCGGAAACCGACGACAGCCCGUGUCACGGAAUAGGGCCGCUGCCGGAUCAGGCCCGGACUAUGUCUACGUCGAAGUCAUGGCAUGCCCUGGUGGCUGCACCAAUGGAGGCGGACAGAUACGGAUUGAGGAUGCUAAGCAGAUCACCUCUGAUAUGCAAUCGGCACCUUCGGGCGAUGCGCCUGAAACCUCAUCCAAGCCGACGCCACACGAGCAACGCGCAUGGCUCGCUCGUGUAGACGAAGCAUAUUACUCCGCCGAGUCUGACUCAGAGAGCGUCGCAGAGGUUCAGCAGCCCCCUUCUCUGGCCGAGAAGGAAUCCAAGAUCCACGAUGCUAUGCAGUACUGGUCCCAGAUCAUGGGAGUCCCGCUCUCUAGGCUUGUGCAAACAACCUAUCGCGAAGUACAAAGCGAUGUCGGCAAGACGGAGACAGGAGAUAAUGACACUGCGCGUGUUGUCGAGUUAGCAGGCAAGAUUGGAGGCGGCUGGUAA